CAAAGCUGGUUACGUUAACCAACCACUGCUAUUGUAAUCCUGCUCCAACUGUUGUGGUGUUGCUUCCUCUGCUCCUCAUAUCAGCAAAAACACUCUGCAAAUUUUAGAACCCAAUUGUUAGAAGAGAGUCCCAUGGCAUAAAAAUGUUAUCUUUCGCCAUAACCAUACCUGUCUUCCCCGUUAUUAGCAUUAACAAAUGGAAGCAGAGACGCAGACAUAGUCAAAGGGUGUAUGCUUCCAUUCGCCAUGACAGCCUCAGAGUGCUCGAAUGGGACAAGCUUUGCGAUUUGGUCGCUUCCUUUGCCACCACUUCCUUGGGCCGUCAAGCUCUCAAGGACCAGCUAUGGUAUCUGAAUCAAACUUUUGAGGAAAGUCUUGCACUUCUUGAGGAAACUAAUGCUGCUGUCGAAAUGCGCAAGCAUGGCUCUUUCAGAUUGCACUUGGGGCACCUUGAUGCUAUGCUGGUAAAAAAUGCCAUUCAACAUGCCCGGAGAAGUAUACCAGUGAGUGGCUACGAGGCACGGGCUGUUGUGGCUCUUCUGCAGUGUUCUGAGACCUUGCAGGGUGAUCUCAAGGCUGCAAUUAAGGAAGACAAAGAUUGGUAUAGUCGUUUCAUGCCUCUUACAGAAGUGAUAAUGGAAUUAGUUGUCAAUCGUUCUUUAAUUAAAGCAAUAGAGCAAGUUGUUGAUGAAGAUGGAUCUAUUAAGGACUCUGCGAGUCCAGCCCUUAAACAGUCACGCCAACAAGUGCAAGUGAUUGAGAGAAAGGUACAACAGUUAAUAGAGAGCAUAAUCAGGAGUGAAAAGAGUGAAACAUCAAUCCUCGAAGUGAAUAACGUCGAUGGCAGGUGGUGUGUAAGAGUAGAUUCUGGACAGAAGACGAGUUUCAAGGGUCUACUAUUAUCCAGUGGAUCAGGAGUUGAAAGUACUAUAGAGCCACUUUCUGCUGUUCCUUUAAAUGAUGAGUUGCAGCGAGCAAAAAGUUUGGUGGCAAAAGCUGAAGCAGAUGUGCUUUUGACAUUAACCAAGAAGAUGCAACUGGACCUUGAUGAUGUAGAAAAGAUAUUGAACAGUUUGGUUCAACUAGAUGUGAUUAAUGCUCGUGCUACUUACGGUCUUACAUUUGGAGGGUCAAGUCCUCAUAUAUUUCUGCCAGAUAGGAGUAGCUCUUCUACUGCAGAAGCCUUCUUACCAAGGAAUGAAGAUUCCUAUGAACCAUUACCCAGCAAAAGGGAAUGGAAGUUGUAUCUUCUAAAAGCUUAUCAUCCUUUAUUGCUCCAGAGGCAUAGGGAGAAUUUGAGGAAGGCCAAAAAGGAUGCCGCACUGGACAAUGGCCAGCCAGUACCAGUUGAUUUUUUGGUAUGUCAGAAAACCCGUGUUAUAGUUAUAACUGGCCCUAAUACUGGCGGUAAAACCAUAUGUUUGAAGACUGUAGGAUUGGCAGCUAUGAUGGCAAAAUCAGGUCUCUAUGUUCUUGCUUCUGAAUCUGCACAAAUUCCUUGGUUUGAUUCUGUUUUUGCUGACAUUGGUGAUGAGCAGUCCUUAUCACAAUCUUUGUCCACAUUCUCUGGCCACUUGAAACAGAUAAGUAAUAUUAAAUUACUGUCAACAAGCCAGUCACUAGUGCUACUAGAUGAGGUUGGUGCAGGAACAAACCCCCUUGAAGGAGCAGCACUAGGAAUGUCGUUAUUGGAAUCUUUUGCUCAAGACAGUUGUUUGUUGACUAUGGCUACAACUCAUCAUGGUGAAUUGAAAACCCUAAAAUAUAGUAAUGAGGCCUUCGAAAAUGCAUGUAUGGAGUUUGAUGAAGUGAAUUUGAAGCCAACUUACAAGAUUCUUUGGGGUGUACCUGGGCGCUCAAAUGCAAUAAAUAUAGCCGAGAGGUUGGGACUGCCAUCUGAUGUUGUUGAUAAUGCUCGUAAGUUAUAUGGUUCUGCUAGUGCAGAGAUAGAUGAGGUAAUCACUGAUAUGGAAAGGUUAAAACAAGAUUACCAAGAGCUAUUGGAUGAAGCACGUCAUUAUCUGAUGCAUUCCAGAGAACUUUACAAUAGUCUAUUGAACACCAGAAGGAAGAUCAUGGAACAUAGUACUAAUCUAAGAUUUAAGAAGAUGAGAGAUGUAUCUGAGGCUGCAGCAAUGGCAAGAUCCAUCCUUCACAAGAAAGUGAGGGAAUUGGAUGUAUCAACUAAGCAGACUUCACAGAACAAUAAAGAACCCUCUAGGAGCUCUGAUUCAUCAGCAACAAGCCAAACUGCUGCAGAUAACAAAGAACCUACUAUUACUGAUAAAAGUGCAUCUGCUAGAAAAGUUUUUAAUCAAUCAAGAUCAGUUGCAGGUAAGUCUGAGCCUCCCAAGGUUGGUGAUAUGGUACAUGUCUCUUCCCUUGGGAGAAAGGUGACUGUUUUAAAAGUGGAUUCAUCCAAAGGAGAAAUUGUAGUUCAAGCUGGAAACAUGAAGUUGAAGCUGAAACUAACUGACAUUCAAAGAUCGUAGAAGCGGAAAAUCAUGGCCAUGGUCAUAAAUGAGGGAAAAUGUGCAUUGAAUCUGCUAUCAUAUGAUAUGACGUGAGAUAAAACCAAGGUGGGGGGGACUUUCAGAAACUUCAGUUUCUUGAUUUAGCCUGGUGUGUCAAGAACUAGAAUUUUACAAUGUCAUCAGCAACACAAAUAGUUGACGUCCUAACUGUGCAAGAAUGGAUGAAAGCUGUGACAAAAAAAUGCAAGAAAAUAAGGGAUUCAGUUAAAGAAAGUUAUAUGGGCAACUGAUGGUGCUUGCUUAGUGGAAAGAACAAUGACAGGUAUUCAUAGAAAACAAAAAGUUUUAGGCUUCUUGACACUAUUGGCGUGGAAUAUCCCUGCACCCUCUUCAAGGAGAUACCAAUGGAAUUCCUGUUAUGUGCUUGGAUUCCUUAAAUUAAGAAAACACCUUCCAUGCCCCCCCUAAAAAUCAAUUUAUGAAAAGGGAGCAUGGUGUGACGUAGAAAGACUCUGAGUGUGGUUAACAGACACACAAGUUUGAUUAUAAAAUGUCUUUACUUUUUUCUAACAAUUUUUUAUAUCGCUUUCAAAUGCAAGGCAUGGCCUACUUCUGGUUAGUCCUUAGAACUCAAUUCUAUUAAG